AUGGCGCGGCGGGGGCGAGGGCCGGUCGGGUCCGGGAUCUCUCGAGCCUGUCGCGUCACCGUCACAACAGCAGCAGCCCUACGGCACGGCGGGCGGGACUUCCGACAGGCGGCCUCCCGGCAGCCACUGCGGGCGCGCGGCUUCCGGGAGCGGAGCCGGGGCGCUGCCGUCAUCGCGCCCUCGCCGCGCGGAUUGGCCGCGGGAGGCCUCCGUCGCUUGCGCCGCGCGUUGCCCGGCGACGGCGGCGGCGGCGCCCUCAUGGCCUGGCUGGAGGGGCCGGGCGGCGGCCGCGGGGGGCAGCGCGGCGGGCGGCGGGCGGCGCUGUGCUCGCUGGCGGCCCUGGCGCUCGUGCUGCUGGCCGCGCUCACCUACCUGCCGCCGCUGCUGGUGGCCUACCGGAGCCACGGCUUCUGGCUGAAGCGCAGCAGCUACGCGGAGCAGCCCAGCAUCAGAUUCCGGCACGAGGCGCUGCUGCUGCUGCAGCUGGCCGAGAGUGGCGGCGGCGGCGGCGGCGGCUUAGUGGGCUGGAGCUCCUUCCCGGCCUGCAACCGCCUCCUGGGCCCUCGCCUACGCGUCCCUCUCGUUUCGGCUAGAGAGGAAGAUGCAAAUCAAGAUGGGCUAAUGGACCUGUUACAAUUUCAGCUGGAAGUUCCACUACAAUCUACAGAACAAGUAGUGGGAAUUCAACUUAUUCUGACCUUUACCUAUGAGUUGUAUAGAAUGUCUACAUUUGUGAUGCAGAGCAUGGCCUUUGUGCAGUCCUUUUCUCCUGUGCCAGGGAUUCGGGUUUUUGUAAACGGAGACCUGAAGCUUCAUCAGAGGCAGCCAUUAAGUCAUGUUGGACUGGACAGCCGGUAUAAUGUCUCUGUGAUCAAUGGCACAAGCCCUUUUGUCCAGGACUAUGAUCUCAUUAACAUUGUUGCAGCUUAUCAAGAGAGAAAUAUCACCACAGUUUUGUCUGGUCCCAGCCCCAUCUGGGUGCUGGGAAGAACCCCGCAGGAGCCGUUUGUCCUCCAGGCCACAGUUCGCUACCCCAUGGAACUGAUUGUGUAUCAGCCAGGCUUCUGGGAGACAAUUAAGUUUGCCUGGAUUCAGUAUGUUUCCAUCCUGCUGAUCUUCCUUUGGAUGUUUGAAAGAAUCAAAGCCUUCCUGUUCUGGAAUCAAGUGCUAGCCACAGUGCCAGCAUCACUGCAGUUGUCUGCAAAAGAGCAUCAGUCCUGAACAUAGGCCAAAAAAGACCUACACUACCCACGGGAUGCAUGGAUCUUCCUUGUUUCAUAUCUGUAAGUUGUGGAGGUACCAGACUUGAUCUGUACAUCAUUGCUGUAGCAGCUCUAGUCUGCAAGAGGAAGUUGUUACAUAUAAAAGUUGUGAUAAUUAAAGUA